AUGGCCUCCUUGUGGUAUUGUUGCAGCUGCAACUUCGGCCCUCACAACUCCUCUCUCUACGAUGCUUGCAUCCAGUGCGGAACAGCUCGUUGCCCUCGCUGCCUUGAAGAGAAGGUCAAUGAUAGCCUGAACCUUCACUCUCACAGCUGCAAUCCCAUUUCGGCAUACGCAGCUGCUGUUCCCAUGGACUCUCCUCGCAUGCCAGCAUUGAAGACCACGUCUAUGCCCCUAGUCGUACCAGAACUUCCAGGUCUGGGGCCUCUACCACGGGCUAAUUGUACCGGUAUCUCCCCAGCAUCACUCGCUGGAACAAACUAUGUCGCAAAUACAUACAUGUACAUCUGCUGCUCAUGCGGCGAUGGACCCAAGAUCUACGAUCACCAACCCCAAUGCGUGAUUUGCAACCACAUGUCCUGCCGCAGCUGCGAAUAUGUGAAGUGA